AUGAAGCUCUUUGGAAUGAUACAGACUGUUACAGGAAUUACUAGAGUUGCAAACUUAGAUGGUAGGAUAACGCAGAGCACAAUAGAUGUUGUCAUGACUAACUGUUACUCUAAUUUCAUAGAGUGUAAAGUACUUGAUGAUAGAAUAGGAGAUCACCAAGCUCUCAAAUGUGUUCUCGACUUUAAAGCAUGGGGUCUGUCCGAAGAGAAACUUCACUGCGUUAUCAGCGACACUGCUUCGAACAUGAAAAAGGCUUUUUCCGCCUGGAUCCUGUUUUCUCCAUCUACUGAAUCUCAUCGUAAAGAAUUCUGUUUUUCUCAAAGUGGAGUUAACUGGCUUAUCAAAAAGAUCAAGAGUCUUAUCAAGGAGUUUAGAACCCCUGCAGGUAAACGUCUACUGAAUGAAAAUCAAGCAGUAGAGGCAACUCUCAUCAGACCAGUUGCAGUGGACACGAGAUGGAACAGUUAUUACAUGAUGUUCCAGGCCUUUCAGAAUAAAAAAUAUGCAAUAACAAUCACCGCUCAAAAUGCAGAGUUAUCGUUGUCUGCAUCUCAACAGAUGACUCCUCACGAUUGGGAUCUUCUGACCAAAGCUAUUGCGGUACUGAAGCCAUUCUACAUCACCACAAAAGCGGCGGAGGGGGACAUGGUUUCUGUUUCGGAGGUUAUCCCAAAUAUAAAGAAACUGGAUUACGCUAUCAGGAGCAUAUCCUCAAGUGGAGUCGGAACUCUGAAACCCACGCUGCUUUCCGAAAUGUAAAACCAAGAGACUGAAGAAAUCCAAAGAUAGUGCAGCGAUCUAAAGAGAAUGAGUUAGAAGACCUUCGGAAUCUGAAAGACGUGGAGUCGCUCUACCUUGACGGGAGAAAAGAUGCAGCAUUGUGAUGAGCUUAGGAUCGACAUUAGACAACUCGCCACUAAGAUCUUGUGGCUGUUACGCCACUAACGUCAACACCGGACGUCACAAUGGGAUUAUAGCCCUCUUAGAGAAGAAUUUUGGAUGGGAAUUGCAAAGAUUUAUUUGGUGCCUUCACAGGAUAGACCUGCCAUUAAAAAAUUUAAGGGGUUCUGAGUCCUGAACUGUCGAGAGAACGAAUUGGUCCUCUCAGCCACGCAAGGUGGAUUAUA